AGAAGAGGAGCUGCGCAUGCGCAGAUCUGUCUGUCUCUGCAGCUCUCUGUCCAUGCUGUCUGUCUCUCUCUGUCUCUGUCUGUCUCCGGAUGUCUCUGGUGUGUUGUCGGUCUUCAUCCUGGUCUCUGGUUGUCUCUGUUGGUCUCUGCAGGAGCAGGUUUAGUAAAGCAGCAGCUCGUUCUCUCAGUAGUCGAGUUGUUGUUCAGAGAAACGAACCGGUUAACCGACUAAUAAUAAACCCCUCAUCAUCCUCCUCCUCCUCCUCCUGGUCCAGAACCAGCAGAACCAGCAGAACCAGCAGCAGCAUGUCCUCCACCACGAUGUCCCGGAGACUGGUCUGGGUGGACCUGGAGAUGACAGGUCUGGACAUUGAGAAGGACAAGAUCAUUGAGAUGGCGUGCAUCAUCACAGACGCUGACCUGAACGUUUUGGCUGAGGGCCCCAACUUGAUAAUUAACCAGCCAAACGAGCUGCUGGAAGGGAUGUCGGAGUGGUGUAUAGAGCAUCAUGGAAAGUCAGGACUGACCCAGGCUGUACAGGACAGUAAAAUCACCCUGGAACAAGCAGAGUAUGAGUUCCUGUCCUUCGUCAGACAGCACACCCCGCCUGGACAGUGUCCCCUCGCCGGUAACUCUGUGCAUGCGGACAAGAAGUUCCUGGACAAGUACAUGCCACAGUUUAUGUACCACCUCCACUACCGAAUCGUUGACGUCAGCACCAUUAAGGAGCUUUGCAGACGGUGGUUUCCAGAGGAAUACAAGCUGGCGCCUCACAAGAAAGCCGCCCACAGAGCCUUGGGUGACAUCCAGGAGAGCAUUAAAGAGCUGCAGUACUACAGAGCCAACAUCUUCAAAGCCUCAACGGAGGAGAAGAAGCGCAGGAUCGUAGAAAACGGAGGCAGCGCCGAUAGUUAACAACAGUUAGCACAUACUGUAUGAGUGAGACGAGGGAACGUUCAGUGUUGUUACCACUUUUCAGUCAGGGAGAUCUCUGUGAUUGUCUUCAUUGAUUUUAGUUUCUGUUCAGUGAUCCUUUGUUUCAGUAUAGUUGAAAAGUUAAAUGUAGAGGUUUCAUCUUGUAACCGUUUAUUCAAAAGAAAUCUAUUUUUUCAAAGUUUAAAAGAGGAGCAUUUGAAAAAAAAGUGACCUUGCAGUUUUGUAUUUAUUAAACUUUAGUCUGGGAUGGACUUUCAUUUUCUCUUGUUUUUAAAUGAAACCAAAUAAACUCUGAUCCCUGAGGAAA